UUCACGUGUUUUAUGAAAGAUGUUUGAUUUAUUAUAAAAAUAUUUAGAAAAAUAUAUAUUGUGAAAUAAAAUGGGAAUUACAAAACAAGAAGUACAUCGACCUGGUGCAUUUAAACAAAUUAACAAAGCACACAAAACUGGUAGACAUCGUAGUAAAGGUUCAAUUAGUAGUGAGGUUAAAGGAAAAAUUGGAGUAAAAAUUUUAUCAAAACAUGUUACUAAAAAUCUUGGAAAAGAUGCUCGAAGACAUCAAUCUUCACAAAUUAGAAAAAAAAAGAGAGAAGAAGUAUUGCAACAAAAAAGGAAUUUAAGUGGAUUACAUACUGCACCUAUUCUUGUAUGUAUUAUUCCAUUACAAGAAGAUUUAAAUAUUGAUAAUAUAUUAUCAAUAAUAACAAAAGCAGAUGAGUCUGCAAAUGUAACUAAUAGUCCAUGUGGAACAAUACAUUUAAGUAUACCUAGGUUUAAACAACGUUUUUCUUUUGUUGUUCCACCUAUUGGUAAUUUAUUUGCUACAUUAGAUAUAGCAAAAAUAUCUACAACUGUUCUUUUUGUUGCAUCUGUUAUAAAUCAGUGUGACAAUAAUCCUAGAAUUGAAGUUCUUGAUAAUUGGGGAAAAAAAAUUAUUAUGGCUUGUAUUGCUCAAGGUUUAAGUACUUCUGUAAUAGCACUUACAAAUAUUGAAAAUCUUCAUAUAAAGAAACGUCAAGAUUUUAAAAAUCAUGUACAAUUUGAAAUUUCUAAAUGGCUUCCAGAAGAAAAAGUUUUUCAAUUAGAUACGCCUACUGAUGCUUUUAAUGUUUUACGACGUAUUGGUACUCAAAAACAAAGAACUAUAUCUUAUCGAAAUAAAAGAGCAUAUUUAUUAGCAGAAGAAAUAAAAUUUAAAUGUAAUGAAGAUUCUACAGAGCUUGGAACUCUUAUGAUCUCAGGAUAUCUUAGAAAUGUACCAUUAUCAGUUAAUAGUUUAAUACAUAUUCCAGAAUUUGGAGAUUUUCAAAUGUCUCAGAUAGAUGCUUCUGAAGAUCCAUAUCCAAUGGAAAAAAAAUUAAGAAAACAUUCUAAUGCAAUGGAUGAUGAACCAUCAUCUACUCGAUUUCUUGAAUAUGCAGAUCCAAAGAAACAAGAAUCUCUCGAAUCUGAAAAUAUACCUGAUCCUAUGGAUGCUGAGCAAACUUGGCCAACAGAAGAGGAAUUAGCUCAAGCUAAAGCUAAUCAAAAAAGAAAAAUUUUAAAAAAAGUUCCAAAAGGAACUUCUGAAUAUCAGGCAGCUUGGAUUCCUGAUGAAGAUGGAGAAGAAUUGAGCGAAUACUCAACUGAUGAAUCAGAAGAUAAAAUGUCUAUUGAUGAAGCAAAAUCUCAAAAUAGUGAAGUUGAAGCAGAAGAAGAUGAAGAAGAAUUUGAAACUAUUACCAUAUCUGAAGUACCUGAUGAACGAUAUGAUCAGAAUAUUGACAUGACAGAAGAAAAAGAAACAAUGGAAAAAUUGAAACAUGCAAAAUUAGAUGCACAAUUUCCUGAUGAAGUAGAUACACCUCAAGAUAUAUUAGCAAAAGAAAGAUUUCAGAAAUAUCGUGGACUUGAAUCAUUUAGAACAAGUCCGUGGGAUCCGAAAGAAAAUCUUCCUGCUGAUUAUGCUAGAAUAUUUCAAUUCAAAAAUUUUGAUCGAACUCGAAAACGUAUAUAUAAAGAAUCUCAAGAAAUAGAGGGUGCAAUGCCUGGUUGGUAUAUCACAAUUCACGUUAAAAAUGUAAGACAAGAUCUUUUCAUCGCUUUUUGCGCUUUAGAAAAUCAUCCAUUAAUUGUAUUUAAUUUAUUACCAAAUGAGCAUAAAAUGUCUGUAUUAAAUGUAAUAUUGAAACAUACCAAUACUAGUCCACAACCAAUAAAAUCUAAAGAAAAAUUAAUAUUUCAAUGUGGAUUUAGAAGAUUUACUGCUUCUCCAAUAUUUAGUCAACAUACUAAUGGAAACAAACAUAAAUAUGAGCGAUAUUUUCGACCAGAAAGUACUGUUGUGGCAAGUAUGUAUGCUCCAAUCACAUUUCCACCAUGUCCAGUUUUAUGUUAUAUUCAAAAAUUGAAUAAAUCAUUGGAAUUAAUUGCAACUGGAAAUGUAUUAUCUGCAAAUCCAGAUAGAAUAGUAAUAAAACGAGUAGUUCUUAGUGGUCAUCCGUAUAAGGUACAUAAACGAUCAGCAGUUAUAAGAUUCAUGUUUUUUCACCGAGAAGAUAUAAAUUGGUUUAAACCAAUUGAAUUACGAACAAAAUAUGGUCGUAGAGGACAUAUAAAAGAACCAUUAGGUACUCAUGGUCAUAUGAAAUGUGUAUUUAAUGGUCAACUAAAAUCUCAAGACACAAUUUUAAUGAAUUUAUAUAAAAGAGUAUUUCCAAAAUGGACAUAUGAACCUUUAUUAGUAACACAAUUACAACAUCAGAAUAAAAAUAUGAAUGUAGAAUAAAAUCUACUAGUGGAAGUAUUAAAAUGUACAUAUAUACAUUAAAUAAAAUUUAUAUAUAUAUCUACGAA